CGCGUCUAUUCCGUUCGAACAAUAAUGGCACCAAAGCUGAAGAUCGCCCUUCUCCAACUGGACUCUUUUCCAACCAAAGCGGAAGCCAUCGCUAAUGCCGUCAACCAAGUUCGUGCAGUCGUGCGCAACGAAGGAGUAAAGUUAGUUAUUCUGCCGGAAUGUUGGAAUUCAACCUACAGCACUGACGAGUUUUUCCGCUGGGCAGAGCAGAUUCCGGCGGGAGAAACUUCGACCGCUCUGUCUAAGGUUGCUGCCGAAUGCGGUAUUUACCUGAUCGGUGGAACAUAUCCUGAGGUCGACGGUGGCAAACUAUACAACACCUGCUCGGUAUGGGGCCCAAAGGGAGACUUUUUGGGCAAGUAUCGCAAAAUGCAUCUGUUCGAUAUGGAUAUCCCCGGCAUUUGCACCUUUAAGGAAUCAAGUGUGUUGACUCCGGGUAGUCAAUACCUGACGUUCAAUAUCGGUGAAACGAAGAUUGGCGUUGGAAUUUGCUAUGAUCAACGAUUCGCCGAGUUCGCAGCCAUCUACCGCCAGCUGGGAUGCGAUAUGCUGGUGUUUCCUUCGGCAUUCGACGACUACACUGGACCGAUGCACUUCGAGCUGAUAGCGCAGGCCCGCGCGCUGGACAACAGCAUGUUCGUGGUUCUGUGUUCGCCAGCAAGGGACGUUUCCAAGGAUUACGUCGCUUACGGUUAUUCGACGGUGUGCGAUCCCUGGGGACGGGUCGUGUGCCAUGCCAAGGAAGGACCCACCGUUUUAACGGCAGAUUUGGAUUUCGGCAUGUGUGCGGAGAUACGAAAGCAGAUUCCGGUGCUGCUGCAAAAGAGAACAGAUAAGUAUGAAUUGAUUAGGAAGUGAAACGUUACCGAUCGCAGGGUUGAUGAUUUAUACGAAUGAAAAGAAGUAAAUUUAUGG